AUGCCUGUCCUGGACCUGAGCGAGCUCAACAUCAUCCUUGGCGUGUUAGGUGGCUUCAUCCUCUUGUACGGCAUCAUCUCGAUCAAGAUCAAGGCCAAAUGGUAUCUUGGUGAAGCCCUCCCGGCCGUCGUCAUCGGCAUCCUCCUCGGUCCUAUAGCGGCCAAGUUCAUCGAGACGGAGAAAUGGGGUAGUGCAGAGCCCGGGCAGACCAACGAGGUCACGCUGGGUCUGAUGAGAGUCAUGAUCGGCGUCCAGCUGGUCAUCGCCGGGUACCAGCUGCCCGCCAAAUACCUCGUUCUGCGCUGGAAGGAGAUGCUUCUCCUCCUGCUCCCCGUCAUGACCAUCAUGUGGCUCUCUACCACCCUCUGCAUCCUCGCCACCGUGCCCAAGCUGACCCUGCUCGCCGCCCUCGUCAUAGGCUCCUGCGUCACCUGCACCGACCCCAUCCUUUCCCAGGCCAUCGCCAAGGGUCCCUUUGCCGACAAGUACGUCGCACGUCCCCUGCGUGAGAUCAUCUCCUCCGAGGCCGGUGCCAACGACGGCUUCGGCUUCCCCUUUCUCAUGCUCGCCACGUUCCUCAUUCGCCACGCCAACGUCCCCGGCGCCGGCGAGCAUGGUGCCGAGGUCGAGUUGGAGGACCGGGCGCACCAGCCUUACCAUCUCCUUGCGCGUGCCGGAGCGACCGUCGCCUCGGAAGGACUGCGUCUCAUGGGCCGCAAUGAAGAGGAAGUCGGUCGUCUGGGUGGCGGUGUCGGCGUGGCCAUGCAGAACUGGUUCAUCGAGACGUGGAUCUAUCAGAUCCUCAUGUCCGUCGCCAUCGGUGCCAUUGUUGGCUUCGGCGCGCAGUUCGCCCUCAAGUUCGCCCUGAAGAGGAAGUGGGUCGACGCUGAGAGUUACCUCCUCUACCCCUUGGCCAUCGGUCUCUGGCUCCUCAGCAUCUGCGGUCUCGUUGGCACCGACGAUCUCCUCGCCUGCUUCGUCGCCGGCAACGCCCUCAAUUGGGACGGCGAAUUUCUGAGGGAGACAGAGGAGCGCCACGACGAGGUCAACUCCGUCAUAGACGUCCUCCUCAACUUUGGCGGUUUCAUGUACAUUGGCGCCAUCAUGCCCUGGUCCGAGUUCAACUCCCCCGACACGACGGGCCUGACCUGGGGCCGUCUCGUCGGCCUCGGCUUCCUCGUACUCUUCUUCCGCCGCAUCCCCGCCAUCUUCAUCUCGUACAAGCUCAUGCCCAACGUCUGCCAAAACUGGAAGGAGGCUCUCUUCAUGGGCUAUUUUGGUCCUAUUGGCGCCGGCGCGGUCUUCUACGUCGAGCAUACCCGCCAUCUCUUCCCCGAGCUCGGCGAAGGCGACGAGGAGGAGACCAAUCUCGUCCGCGUCAUGGCCCCCGUCGUCUACUGGCUCGUCCUCUUCUCCAUCAUCGUCCACGGCCUGUCCAUCCCCGGCCUGAACCUCCUCUACCAGUACUUUGACGUCGACCCCAUCCAGGACGACGCCAUCGAGAUCCGCCGCAAGUCCAUCCACGAUGCCACACCCGCCAACGCCAUGGUCGGCGACGAGGAGAACUUUAUCGCCUACAACCGCUUCUCCCGCCCCGUCUUCAAUGUUGCCGACCUUCCCACCGUCCGCUCCCGGCGCCAGUCCCUUGCCACCGAGCAUGCCCGCUCCAGGUCGCGCUCCCGGCUUUCCCUCGCCCGCUCCAGGUCGCGUGACGUGGGCCGUGAAAGCGUCCCCUUCCCCGUUCCCAUGCCGGAGAAGAGUCGCGACGACACCUUCCGGCACUCCGGCUCCGACGAUGAGGAAGCUGGGAAUCGUGCCGCGCCUUACAAGCGAGGACGCACCAUCCAGUACGCUGUAUAG